AUGUAUGCUGAGCGUGCCAAACCACUUGCACAAUACACUACAGAGGAACUGUACGCCCGUUUUUGCUUUGGGAAGGAUGAUAUCAAGUACAUUGCAGACCUUGUCAGGCCAAAGUUACAGCACAAAACCAAAAGGAGUCAUGCUCUGUCUGUGGAGGAACAGUGCCUAAUUGCACUGCGCUUUUACGCCUCUGGGACUUUCUACCAGGUUGUUGGUGACAAUAUGGGAGUGGAUAAAUCAACUGUUAGUAAUGUGGUGAAAGCUGUCUCAGUUGAAUUGGCCAGUCUGGUCAAUGAAUUUGUUUCAUUUCCCAAGGAUGACCAGAUGGCGCAAACUAAGCAAAGUUUCUUUCUUUUGGGGACCAUGCUUAAUACUGUUGGUGUCAUUGAUUGUACUCAUGUGCACAUUCAAGCACCUCAAGAAAGGGAGUGGCAGUAUGUGAAUCGAAAAGGGAGGCACAGCAUCAAUGUCCAACUUGUGGCCAACGCUGACCUCAUCAUCACAAACUGUGUUGUCAAGUGGCCAGGGUCUGUCCAUGAUGCACUUGCAAACACACCUGAGCAGGCAGGCUUCAACUCUGCACAUUGCAAAACAAGAUGCGCAAUUGAGCGCUUAAAUGGAGUCCUGAAGAGGCGCUUUGCAUGCCUUAACUACUUGUGGGUGGAACCCAAGGUGGCAUGCAAUAUAAUACUAGCCUGUAUUGUCUUGCAUAACAUUGCCACCAGGCGUAAUGUUCCUCCUGAUGACAUAUAUGAUGGACCUGAGCCUGAUGAAGUGCAACCAGAGCAACCUCCAAUGUUCACUCCAAAUGAGGGCCAGACUGGACGUGUGAUCAGGGAUACAAUUGUAAGACAUUACUUCUGA